AUGCUUGGUGAUACUACCAUUGCUAUCCAUUCCGAUGAUGCAAGGUACACGCAUCUUCAUGAAAACUUUGCUGUGCAACUAUUCAAUGAACGGAGGUUACCAAUUAUCUGCGAUGGAAAGCUUCUUGAUCCAAAAUUUGGUACUGAUGGUGUUAAGAUGACUCCUGCUCAUGAUCUCAAUGAUUUUGAGGUUGGAAACCGCAAUACGGAUGGUGGGCCUGAAAUCGCAAGGGAGUAUAUGGCACGUGAAGCUGUUGUUGAAGCUCUGAGGAAGAAGAGGCUGUACAGAGGUGCCGAAAACAACGAAAUGAGUCUUGAGCGUUUUUCAAGAACUAAUGAUGUUAUUGAGCCUAUGAUAAAGCCUCAGCGGUACAUGAAUUGUCACGAGAUGGGAAAGAAGGCUCUCAAUGAUGAACACAGGAAACUUGAGUUUAUACAAAGGCCCUACACAGCGGAAUGGAGAAGGCACGAACAAGUUUUCUAUGCUGCAGUGAAAUUAAAGACUCAGUUAAUGAAGUUGAUGAAUCCACAAGUGAUUACAUCAUUGAACAGACUUCGAACAGCUUGUAUUGAGCCUCUAUGCGCAACUAUGGCAUGGACUUUCCGAACGCAAACUGAGAAUGAACUACGACAGGAGAUAAGUUCCAUGUUUUUCAAGUCUCUAACUUGUAGAGCAUCGAAAAUCAUGGCGGUUGCUAAGGAGACUUCAACUCAGAGAUGUCGCUUCCUCUACCAGCUCAUCUUCUGUUUACUAUCAGCAUGGAUAAGCAGCACAGAGGGGACCAAACAACAUAAUUAUGAACUCAAAAAGGAGGUGCUUCCUGCUGAGGCUGAUGAAGAUCGGAUAUUGCUCGGUGUGCUUGGCAUUGGUUUUCUUCUCGUGAUUAGGGUAAUGAGAUUCUUAUUGAGGAUCAGAAGGGCAGAUCCCCUCAAUGCGUUAGAUGCUCAUGAUCAGCCACAAGACAAUUCUUCUGGAGAUGAAAGUGAAACGCAGUCCUCUGAAGAUUCAAACGGCCCCCUUGACAAUAAUGAAGAGUCUUCUUCAAGCCAAGUUAUCGAAGAGGAGGAUCGCGAUGUUUGGAAAACGAUUAAUAAGCUGUCUCUACUAGUUACAGAUCCUGGAAAGCUCGCUGAUGGUUUUUUUGAAGAACGUCCGGUUAAGGUAAAAUGCGGUGUUCGAACUGGUGAGAUGGAAAAUGAGAUCAAAACUCUCACGUUAACAGAUGAUCACCCAAACAUCCUUCGAUACUAUUGUUCAGAGGAAGAACAUGGUUAUUUUUAUUACGGUCUAGAACCGUGGGAUUGUAGCCUAGCUCAACUAAUCAAUUUCUGGAAGGAAAAUCAGUCACCAGAGCCUAUAGAAUUAGAUGCACCGUAUUAUGAGAACCUUGCUCUAGAAGAGAACAGUUUGUGGACAAAGGCAGGUGAUCCAUUACCACUCUUGAUAAAACUCCUGAGAGACGUUGUUAAUGGAGUCGCACAUUUACACGACAAAAAUGUUGUCCAUCGGGACUUGAGGCCCGAGAACGUCAUGAUAAUAUAUAACGGAAAGACUCUCGUUGCAAAAAUAGAUGAUAUGGGGAUAGCUAUGAAUACGAAUGUGAAACCUUUGAGCCACCAUGACAUAGAUGGCAUGAGUGGUUGGCUAGCACCAGAGCAACUGCGGAAACAAACAGAAACUUUUGCAGUUGAUAUUUUUAACGUCGGCAUCCUCAUAUAUUACACUUUAACAAGAAGUAAGCAUCCAUUUCUUCACGGAGGUAUUAAGCACCAUAAAGCCAACAUCAAGAACUGCAAGAUCAAACUUAAGCCCGUGGAAAAGUUCCCUGAAGCUUUACACUUGAUCCAAAAAUUAUUGACCAUAAUACCUGAGUCACGUCCCACAACAUUGGAAGUGAUUCAGCAUCCAUUUUUUUGGAGCCCUGAUGAGAAGCUUGCUUUUUUAGUAGAGGCUAGUGACCAAGUUAAGGGGUGCAGUGAGUCAAUGAAAAUCGAACUGGAGAAAAGAGCAGGAAAAGCUAUAGGGGGGACAUCAUGGGAUACUAAGUUACAUCCUGAUCACUUGACGCACAUCAAGAGACCGAAUAGCCAGGGCGCCCGUACACAUUACACAGAUGGUCUCCUUAGCGAAUUGAUACGGUUGAUCAGAAAUACUCGCCAUCACUAUAGAGAAGAGCCUCCACAUAUUCAGCAACUUUUUGGAGAUGGACAGUACACGUAUUUUUCUAGCCGGUUCCCCCACUUACUAAUUGAGGUAUACGAAUUCAUCUAUGAAUACUACAAGGAAGAAAAAGAAUUCAAACAAUUCUUCAACUCAAAGUCCUUCUAA